ACUCGUCCAGAAACUUCCGCUGGCACAAGGCAGAACGAGCUCCUCUGCCUGUCCGUGUGAGAGAGGAGGAUGUCGAGCGUCGUUUGCGUGACGGGCGGCAGCGGCUUCAUCGGGUCAUGGCUUGUCCGCCUCCUCCUGGACCGCGGCUACGCUGUCCACGCCACCGUCAUGCACCUCGGGGACGAGGCUGAGACGGCGCACCUUCGAGCCCUCGAGGGCGCCGCCGAGCGACUCCACCUCUUCGAGAUCGACCUCCUCGACCCGGCCUCCCUCCUCGCCGCGAUCCGGGGCUCCGCCGGUGUCUUUCACCUCGCCUCUCCCUGCACCGUCAACCGCGUCCACGAUCCCCAGACGGAAUUACUGGAUCCGGCCGUGAAGGGGACGCUUAACGUACUCCGCGCCGCCAAGGAGAGCGGGGUGGGCCGGGUGGUGGUGACAUCGUCCAUAUCUGCCAUUUUUCCCAGCCCCGGAUGGCCAGCUGAUGUCGUGAAGGACGAGAGCUGUUGGACCGACCUCGAGUAUUGCCGGCAGAAUGAGUUAUGGUAUCCAGCAUCAAAGACGUUAGCCGAGAAAGCGGCUUGGGAGUUUGCCAAAGGGAACGGGUUGGAUGUGGUGGUGGUCAAUCCCGGGACAGUAAUGGGUCCCAUAAUACCGCCGGCGAUCAAUGCCAGCAUGACCAUGCUCAUGCGCCUUCUUCAAGGUUGCACCGAUGAGUAUCCAGAUUUUUAUAUGGGAUCGGUUCAUGUCAAAGAUGUUGCUCUGGCGCACAUUCUGCUAUAUGAAAAUCCAUCAGCCACUGGAAGGCAUUUGUGCAUUGAAGCCAUUUCUCAUUGGAGUGACUUUGCAUCCAAAGUCGCAGAACUUUACCCAGAUUAUAAGGUCCCUAGACUCCCAAAGGAUACACAGCCUGGACUAUUAAGAGCUCAAAACCCAGCAAAAAAGCUGAUCGAAUUGGGUAUGGAGUUCACAUCCAUGGAGCAAAUCAUCAAGGAUGCAGUGGAAAGUUUAAAGAGCAAGGGUUAUAUCUGAAUUCUGAUUGCUGAUGAUGAAGUUGUACUGGCUUUGCUCUAAUGUCGCAUGAACCGUUGCCUGAUUACUAGCAAAAUGUUGAGUAUGAGACAGAUCCAAAUAUAUUAUUAUGGCAGGUUUAUGGUAA